CACGUCACUGUUUGACCGCGCCUACUUCCGAGAAGGAGACGCAGCCCACAUUAAAACAAGCAGAAACCCGAAAUAACCUUUCAGAGCAGGGCUGGUAGCGGUCAUCAUUGUUGGCGUUCAGACGUAAGAAAGGGCUCUUGGUUUUAGUUAAACCUGUCAGAUCCUGUCAUGGCUAUUACUGCAGUCCUUCUGCUGAGCAGUCUUGGCUUUUUUGCAGUUAAUGCUCAAGCUCAAGGCUGUUCCAGUCCUCCUAAAGGAGAAAAUAUGGAUUUAAAGGGCAAUGCCAUUCUUCAAACUAGUUUCCCAGAUGGGACCACAGUUACAUUUGCCUGUAAUACUGGAUAUGUGUCUGCAGGAGGUUCCCCAAGUGUUACUUGUACUGCUGGAAGUUGGAGUCCUGUGCGGUUGAAAUGCGAGAGGUACAACUGUGGCCCUGCGGAGGAAGUUGAAAAUGGACACAUUGAAUAUCCUAAUGGGACUGAAUUUGGUGAUACAGCAGUGAUCAUUUGUAACCCCGGUCAUACGCCAGUUGGAGGAGGAAAGCGUACUUGUGGAAACCAAGGGUGGUUGGGCAGGUUUCCUGUAUGUGAAGUGACAAAAUGUGCAUCACCACCUGUAGUGCAGGAUGGCUCUUUCAGUCCAAAUAAAGAUGUCUAUGAAUAUAAUGAAGUUAUACAGUACACCUGUAAAAAGGAUUAUACAGUUGAUGGAGCAAGACAGUUGCAUUGUUCGGAUGAUAGAACAUUCAAGCCUGAGCCUCCAAGAUGUAUCAAGGUUGAAUGUGGAGAUCCAGACAUUUCAUUUGGACAGUGGAGUAGCGGUGCUCGACCUCCAUAUGGACACCUGUCUACAGUCAAAUUACAGUGUAACACUGGAUACACAAUGAAUGGAUCCGCUACUGUGAUAUGUGGGCUAAAUGGUCAAUGGUCACCUGGACUUCCUCAGUGUAUACCAAAACCCGCAACAACUACCACUACUACCACUACUACCACUACGACCAUAACCACUACUAAACCAGCAGUUCCAUCUGGAGAAGGAUGUGCAGAUCCCAAAAAGAGAAGUGCUGAGGUGAUUGUGAGCUCUCAACCUCCAUAUAGACAUGGGGUUAAGGUGACUCUCAGCUGCCCGUCUGGAUACGAGCUAAUCGGAUCAGGUACCCAGACAUGUGAAAAAAGUGGUCUGUGGUCACCAGGAAUUCCACAAUGUGCACGUAAGUCAGAUGUUAAUAAUAAAUAUUUUAUGUGAUUAGCUUUAUCAGAUAAUACUCUA